AUGACCUUUGGAGCUUUCUGGGUUGCGAUGGCUGCAGCCAUCUCAGCUCCCUGGAACUACACCCUGAUCCGCUUCUUCAUUGGGUGCGCAGGAGCUACAUUUGUCACCAACCAGUUCUGGUGCUCUUUGAUCUUUUCGGCAAACGUCGUUGGGACGGCUAAUGCCACCCGAGCUGGUUGGGGGAACUUGGGUGGCGGUGUCACCCAGAUCUUCAUGAUCUCGGUGCUGUUCAAUCCAAUGGUGAAUUCUGGAAUGGCAGCAGACACAGCUUGGCGAGUUUCAAUGAUCGUUCCUGCUGUCCUUUUCCUGAUUUGCGCAGCCAGCAUGAAAUUCUUGUGUUGGGACACGCCCGCUGCCAAGCGCUUCGAUGUGUCUGUGACUGGUAAGACCCAGAAGCCAUCUUUGUGGGAUUAUGUGGUGGUGCUGAAGGACAUCCGCGUCGUUGUGAUGAUUUUUCAAUACAGCGCAUGCUUUGGCACCGAGCUCGCCAUGAACAACCAACUGGCCACCCAUUUCAGGACCUAUUUCCAAAUGGAUGCAGCAGAUGCAUCAGCCCUGGCAGGAGGGAGGCAUUGGCAGUGA